GGGCCGGCAGACAAGUAGAGAGGAAGAGAGACAAAACAAGAGCAAAGAUUAAACAGAGAAAGACAAAAGAAGCGCAGACACUAAUCAAUGACUCCUUGAGGUAAAAACCAAAAGGGAAGAAGGCUGGAGGAAAAAAAGGAGGCUCAGGUCAUGGAGGCAGAAGUAGACGAGGAGGAUGAUGGGACGUUCACUAACAUCUCUCUAGGAGACGACACAGUGGACAGUGGACGUGUAGCCCUGUAUACGAAACAGGAGACCGAGCUUUUCAUCAUGAACUGUGACAUAGAUGGAGACAUGGAGAACCAGGUGGAGAUGGAGGAGAAGACGAGGUUAAUAAAUCAAGUUUUGGAACUUCAGCACACACUUGAAGAUCUGUCAGCACGAGUCGACGCAGUCAAGGAAGAGAACCUGAAGUUAAAGUCAGAGAACCAGGUCCUUGGUCAGUACAUCGAGAACCUCAUGUCUGCCUCCAGCGUCUUCCAGACCACUGACACCAAGAGCAAACGGAAGUGAGGUACCUUCAAGUCUUCUGCUAAUAGCUGGGAGAGGAAACCCCACCAUGGAGACAUGGAGAGAGUUUAGUUUUGUCGACAGACCUGGGCGUUUUCUUUUUUUUUUUUCUUUAACAGAGAGAGCCCCCUUACCUGAGCAGAAAAUAACUAUUUAAUAAUCCAAAACAUAAACUGAUCCUUUAACCCAUCCUGCAGGCUCAGAAAAAGAUACAUUUCAUGUUAGUCUGGCCUGGGUCUGUUCUGUAGCAGCUUCCUCUCCACACUACAAACCAGGUAGACAUUAACCUUUAUUUACUUACACAAAAACAAGAAGUAUAUGAAGUGGUUAUGGGUCAUUUUUUACCUUAAGUUUCUUCUUUAAGCUCCUUUGCAAACUCUAAUAUAUCCUGUUAACCCAUUUAACCUGCCUGGUUUUCUGUUUGAGGACUAGUUUCUGUCUCAAACUGACCUGUGUUGGGCUGAAACAACCCAUCAAAUACUACAAAUAACCUGAAUUUAAUGUCUGGUUUCUUUUAUUUAUCUUUGUAAAUGUGUGUCUGCAUCAGCUGGAUCUGAGUUUUUUGGCAGGUUUUGGAUGUCAUCUUGCCAUCUAUGUAUUCCCCCGUUUGAAGCAAACAAACUAAACAGUAUUACUAAGAAUGCUGAUGGUAUACAGAUCACAUGGAUGAGAACAAAUAGAUCUCCUGAAUGGGUUUCCUUUGGUUUGAAAGAUUUGCACAUCUCAUGUAUGGCCUCAAAUCAAUUAUAAGUUAGCAGCAGAAGGUGUAAAGAUGCUUGAAAUAGAAAUGCUACCACUAUAAAGUUAAUAUAAGAUACAGGUCAAACUGGAAACUGUGCUAACAGGGACCUAAUUACUCCAGUUAAAAUUAAUUAGAACCAUCAACAUCAAAUGUAAAAAACUGGCCUUGUUAAGAUCUAGUCACUUAUUCAAAAGAAAAAAUAGAAGCACUAAUCAUGUAUAGUCUCAAUUUGAUAGUUUCUCUCAGGUUAGAAUAAAUAUUCUCCUCUAAAACAUACAGGAUCAUAUUUUUUCAUGGCACACCAGUUCUACCUUUAGAGUUGCAUUUUGUAAAGUAAGAUUGUUUUUUGCUGGUUGUGAGUGCUGUAGAUCUCAUUAAACAUACAACACAACCUUGUACUAGAUUUGGCCAAACCACUUUGUUAAAACAAAUACAAAUAUGUGUUCUCUUAUUAUUUAGAGUACUUUAUUGGCCUUUCUGUUUUCCCAGGAAAACAGAACGGUUUUCCUGGAACAGACAGAAACAUGGUGGUAGCAAAAAGAAAUCUGGCCAUCCCAAUGACCCACUUCACGAUUAAACUUUUAUAAAAAGAGGUUAAAACAUCUUUUUGAUUAGGUCUGAGUUGUAUGACUUUUGUAUAUACGGUGACUUGUAUGCAUAUGUUAGCAUACACCUACAGUACAUGUGAGACAUGGACAAGCACCAGGGGCCAUGUAGUUGAAACAUAUAGUGUUAUAUCUAAAUAAGCAUUCAUUAAAACACUGACAUUUAUUAACCUAAAAACACUUCUGGAAUACUUUUAACAUCUAUGCUAACAGUAAAAUUGGAAUUUACAACUAAGCAGAAUAUGUGUUGUCCAUAUACUGUAAGUGCUGCAAGCGGAAGUGAAAGCAAAGAGAAACUAAAAUCUAUUAGCACAGGAAUUUGGGUCUUAACUAACAUCACUGAUGUUUUUAUGCAUUUAUUUUUAUUAUCACAAUGACACCUUACUUUCUGUACUUAAAACAUGUGUGUUGCCCUUUCUCUGCAUUGUUUCAUAAUUGAGUGUUGUGACCCAAACUGUAACAUGAGAGCGACAAAGGAGAAGGGUCAUAAAUGCAGAGGCAAAGCCUGCAUGCAAGACAGAAAGCAGUGAAGAGGCCUUGAGUGCUAUUGAUCCCUCUCAGCCAAGCCUGCAAUCCAUCAGGUGAUGGAGGGUUGGUCUGACUGUAAACUGAGCAGCAGAGUGAGGGUGUGUCCUCCUAUGACACUGCUGCUGUAGAUGAGAAUAAGAAAGGGCUGAAGGUGGAUGUACAGGAUGAUGAAUCAUGUUGUUUUUAAAGGUUCAUAUUCCCUUUAAAGUCAAAGUAUUCUGUUCAAUGUCUGAAAGUCGUGAAUCCACCUGUUAUCAUGUUACUGUGGUGCUUUCAAAAAGGGAGGAACUGGAUAUAACAAGGCUACAAACUGUAUAUGCUGUAAUUUAUUGAGGUAAUUUUGAUAUUUUAACAGUUGUAUAAAAGUAUUACAUUGAUUUCUUCCUGGCAUGCUGAAUAUGCCCCAUCUACACACACCCUGGUACCAACUUCUCCGUGUGUAGACACUACAAUGUUGCUUUAAACAUUUUUGUUUUAAUAAAACCCUAAAAUCAC